CAGCAUGCAACAGAAAGAUGAUUCUUCAAGCAUACAAUAACAUAAACCAUGCAAUGCCACAAAAACAAAAUAACAAACACCUUGUCAUCAUCAAUUGAUAAUCCUUAAAAAAAAGAAUAAAAUUAAAUUUCCUUGUUUUCCCUCAUUGAACCCUUUGCUUCCAUACAUGAACAACACAAUCUUAUCCUAUUAUAUCACAUCCAUCAUUGCUCAUUGUUCAUUCCCUUAAGAAACCUUUUACUUCCUCACAUUCUUUAUUCUCCAAACCCCUAUAUAAAUCAUCCUCUCCUCUUUUUCUCAUUCAUCAAACUUCCAUUCAAUUAACUAAGAAACAUGGCAAUUAAGAAGCUAUUGUUCAUUGUUCUCUCCAUUUCUCUGGUUCUCGAAAUAUCCGAGAGCUUUGAUUUCCAUGACAAAGAUUUGUCCUCGGACGAAAGCUUGUGGGACUUAUACGAGCGAUGGAGGAGUUACCACACGGUGUCUCGAAACCUCGGUGAUAAACACAAGCGAUUUAACGUGUUCAAAACAAAUGUGAUGCAUGUCCACAACACUAACAAGUUGGAUAAGCCUUACAAGUUGAAACUUAACAAGUUUGCUGACUUGACCAACCAUGAAUUUAGGACUAUUUAUGCUGGAUCAAAGGUUAAUCACCAUAGAAUGUUCCGUGGAACAUCACGUGGAAAUGGAACAUUCAUGUAUGAGAAUUUUAACAAAGCUCCUACAUCCGUUGAUUGGAGGAAGAAAGGCGCCGUCACUGAUGUCAAGGAUCAAGGCCAAUGUGGUAGUUGCUGGGCUUUUUCAACGGUUGUAGCUGUUGAAGGAAUUAACCAAAUCAGGACAAAUAAGCUAGUGGCCUUAUCUGAACAAGAGCUUAUAGAUUGUGACACUGAACAAAAUCAAGGAUGCAAUGGUGGACUAAUGGAAUAUGCUUUUGAAUACAUCAAGCAGAAAGGUGGCUUAACAACAGAAAGCUAUUACCCUUACACAGCAAAUGAUGGAUCAUGUGAUACAUCAAAGGAGAAUGUCCCAGCUGUGUCAAUUGAUGGCCAUGAAACUGUUCCGGAAAACGACGAAGAUGCAUUGCUCAAAGCUGUUGCCAACCAGCCUGUUUCUGUGGCCAUAGAUGCCGGAGGAUCUGAUUUCCAGUUCUAUUCUGAGGGAGUAUUUACUGGUGAAUGUGGAAAAGAGCUAGAUCAUGGUGUGGCAAUAGUGGGAUAUGGGGUAACUGUUGAUGGAACUAAUUACUGGAUUGUGAGAAACUCAUGGGGAGCUGAAUGGGGAGAACAAGGUUAUAUCAGAAUGGAAAGAAAUGUAUCUGACAAGGAGGGACUUUGUGGCAUAGCUAUGGAGGCUUCUUAUCCAAUCAAAAAUUCCUCCGAAAAUCCAAAAGGACCUUCAUCGUCUAUUAAAGAUGAACUUUAAAUACUACUUUCAAAUAAAAUAAAGUUGGAUGUUGUUUAUUAAUAUGAUGCAAAUAGUAUUACUACCUUAUGUUAUUGUAAUAUUUGAAUCUUGAAUUUGAUGCUAAAGCAAUAUUUGGAUA